CAAAUCAAAUGAAAUUGUGAGAAUUAGGGUUCUCUCGAUCAUUCUCCUCUCACAACAAUUACCAUGGCUUGUGCUAAAUCUUCCUCCUCCGGCGGUUCGGCCAUGUUCGACACGACCACAAAGUGUUACUGCGGAAGCCGCGUCGUGCUUAUGACGUCGCAAACACAACAAAACCCUGGACGGAGGUUCAUAUGUUGUCCGAAGAAAGAUAUUAAGGCUCAGUGUCGAUUUUGGCAUUGGGUUGAUCCCGAGACUCCGAUAGGAGAGGCAGAAGAAGAAGAUGAUGGUGAAUCGAAACUAACUUUCUGGAUUGGCGAAUACUACCGACAACAACAGUAUCUUGAAGCGGACAUGAUGAGAAUCCGACAGUUGGAGGCUGAGAUUAAGCAUCUCAAAAAGAAAAAGAAAGACAACAAGAAGCUAUUCGUCAACAUGAAGCAAUUCAUGUAUGGUGCUUGUUUUGGAGUGUUGGUUUAUGCAGUUUCGAUGUCACUCAUUUUGUAGAAAUGAUUACUAGAUUAAGCUAUGGUUAGUGAUUGAACAUGUUAGUGCUUCAACUUGUUGUUUAGUAUCCUAUUUUCAUAUACAUAUUGUAUUGUCCAAUUUUCAAGUGCAAUGGACAUUGAAUUGUUGGUAAUGAAAAUAUGGAAAUCUGCAGUGGCAUUUUGUAUUA